GAUGUCGCCUGUUUGCUUCAAAUGGAGGCGAAACUUUCCGAAAGUCUGAGUCGUAUGUUAUCUAGUCCAAAAGUCACAGCUGUUCAGUGUAUUGAUUCUGAGGGUCUUUGCAUUUCUUCUCAAGGGAUCGUCAAUGACCAAACUUCUGGAAUCCUGAGUAGUAUAUAUAAGCAUGCUGCAGGAAUUGAGGAAAGCACCGAUCCACCGGUGUUAGUGAUCGAAUAUGAAUCCAAGUUGGAGUUGAAGGCCAUGGGAGGGAAAUGGAACGAACGAAGAUCUUCUGAAUACACAAAUUGGGUUUGAAAAUGUAAAUUGCUAUGCUCAGCAAUCGGAGGCGCACAAACCUGGAGUAAUAUGAUGGGACUUUGUAAAUAAUAUUAAAUGCUGAGGUUUUGUCAAUCUUAUGCUCAGUAUCUACUAGAUGGGUGAGUAUUGAGCUUUUGAUGGAUUUCACUGUUCCUUUACCUAGCCAUAUUGGACAGUGCUCAAUGAAACGAUGAUGGGCUUGCCGAGUCGUUCUGCCUAUGUAACUAUCUCCACAGGAGCAGUUAAAUUUAUAAAUGUACAUAGAUGUGUCCAGAUUCGUAAACCUAUCCUCCAGCUGCAUUGGCACUAUACAGCGAGUAGUAAAUUUCAAACAUAGUGUGGCGGCAAAGAAGGUUUAUUGUAUCAGAUUUCUGAGUUUUAUUGUCAGUGUUUCUGCAGCUACAUCUUCUUUGAACCCUAAGGUUGGAUACAAUCGUUUCUUCAGCACCAUUUGAGGGCUCUUUUCUCCAGCUGUUCUCAUUGUUACAGUCUUUUCGAACUUUUCAGGACAGCCGUUCUCAUAUAAGGUGUUCUCUAUUAUUCUUAGUUCAACCGUGCAAAUCUUACUGGCUCAAAAUCUCAGUGUAUGGAUUAAAUUCCUUUUGUAUGUAAGAGGAACAAGUGAUCGGGAAUGUGUAUACUGACCAACUCAUGAUUUCUUACGAUAAAUACUGCGUCUGACACUACCAUCGGUUCGCCUUGAUAGUAAAGCAUCUGGAAAUGGCAGACAUCCGUCUUUCUUUGUUUCACAUGUGAACUCGAUUUCUGGAUGAGCACUAUUGAAAAUACCGAGAAGAAUGUCAAGAUUAGUAUCAUUUUCGUGCAGAAUGAAAGUGUCAUCCGUGUAUCUACAAUAGAAGGACAGUUUAUCUAUUGUGCUACGCAAUGGUCCACUUUCCAAUUUCGACAUAAACACAUCGGCUAGAAAAGGACCUAAUGGUGAACUUAUUGCCACACCUAUCUCAUAGGGUUACAACUGGUGUACCUACCUCCAUCUUGUUAUCUAGCAGUGAACCACAAAUGAAAUUAAUAGUUUCUAAAAGAGGAAGAGGUUAAGUAAAUCUACAAAACAGAACUGAAGAAAGUCUGUUAUUAUUAGGAAAGACUUGAUAGUUGCCGAAUGUAUGACAGCAAUUGAGAAUAUUAGCUGCCCACAUCGUAGAUAAUCAUUUCUUCUUGAGACACUUGUUAGCUUGCAUAAAGUGCUAACCUUUUUCUGAAGUCGUACACGUGACAGCGGUACUAUGUGUAAAAAUGUAGCAGAGCAACAUUCAAUCGUGAUAUUUCUACCGAGAAAACUAUUCAGAUAGACACGUACAACAAAAGAUAAAGAAGUUGGAAGUAGUUCUUAAAAAAUCCAAGCAAAAAUGGAACUCAAUUCUAUAGUAGAAAAAAAAAUGUUAAAAUCACUAAAAUCUAUUGUGACGCGGGAACCGACUUAGAAGAUAAUGAUAGUCAGUCAGAAAGAAAGUCGUAAACAUAAGACCAAAAUAUUGAUAACUGAAAAACUGCAUUGCACAACUGUCAAUCUGCUAAAUAUGAGUAAAGCGAUGCAGGAGAUUUACUGCGUUGAUAAUUUGAUGGGACUUAACAUUGUCAAAACAGGCAGAUAUAGUAUAUACGGCAUUACUUGAAUGAAAAAAUCGAUUAGUUCUACAUCAUUUUAUAACCUAUAGUACCUUUGCUUAAGACCAGUUACGAAAGAUUUUCAUUGAGUUGUGUCUGUUCCUUACCACCAGCUACAGAACGCCGUGAAACAAGGCAAAAUACAGUUUUCAAAGCAUAUCUUUUCUAAUCUCCUCCCUAGAAUAAGUAAAAUAGCACACCUGUAAUGUUGGUGGCCGAAAGAAACCACCCUAUAGUUAAUCAAUCCUUAUUCAGCCAAUAAUACCGAAAGAUACUCUUUCACAACAUGGAUUAUUUAUGCAAUGAUGGCAACCGCUAUCAACCUUACAACUAUCUAACAUACCCUUUAGGAACGAUAUGAGCUGGAAAAACAAUUGUGCAAUAUUUCAGAGCUCAUUAAAAUGUGGAUAUAUACAGGCUUAUUCAUUGGCUCAAGGUAGCAGGCGUCAGUCAACACUUAACUUAUGUGUUCGAAACAUCCUUACCCUGGGCCUUUUAUUGAUGCAAGCAGUUCAGUAGGAAUGGCUUUUGAGUGUAUUUUAGUUUUGCAUCAGAAGCUAAUUAAGCUGUGUGUAGAACUAGCCAUUUAGAUUUGGUAUCUGGUUGCAGGCAGCGUAUUGCAUUUUUGAAGAGCAUUCGAAGCCUGUUGAGAAGAUAGGAGUGUAUUUUCUCCUGAAGAUGUCAAUAAUAUGCAUCCAUGUUCUUAGCCCUUUUAAUAAAAGUCGAGCUCAUGUGGUUUAUUUAUACAUAUCAGCUCGGCUGAGGCAUAGUGAUAAAGAUAGUUUAUUGCAACUGAAUGGUUCAUUGUAAAACCAUUCGGUUUAGUUUGUUGUUUGAAGUUACUAUGCUUUUUUGCUUAACAGCCGAAGAAAUUCCACUUAAGUAUUAUAGUGAUAGAAAGCUUUCGGAAAUUAAUAAAUAAUCAGUAACGAAUCAACCAAGAACCUAUCACUCAACAAAUAUGCAGAAGGAAGUGGAGAUGGAUUGGGCAUUCACUGAGAAGACCAUUUCGGGGACAUCACGCACCUGGCCAGGCCAUCAAGUGGAAAUCGAAUGGGAAACGACGAGUUGAGCGUCCGAGGUGAAGGUGAUAUGGAGGAGAUGGUGUGAGGAAGAAAUAAGAGUUUGUGGGCUGUCGUGGAGCCAGGUUCAAAAGAUUGCAGAGAAGAGUGGAAUGGAGACGUGCUACUGAAGCCAUAUGCUCCACUAGGAACUCAAGGGACAAGUAAUAAUAAUCGAGUUUAUGUGUUUCACAAUCGAAACAAUUAGUAACAGUAUUUAAGCUCUCUUUCUGUUACUACCCUAUCGGAAAGUGAAAAUUUCUUUGAAUGUGCCUUUCAGGCAGCUUCAUUCACCAUCCAUUCCUGUAUUUUCUUCUUUCUUUGCCUUCAUGUUAUUCUAAGGUCUUUGUAGUGUUGAUUUACUAUUUUGUGUUGCUCAUUUCUUGGUGCCUAUUAUAUGCCAAGUUUAUGCUUCAUUUAAUAAAGACCAAGUUCUCACAAGAGGUUGAAGACAGCAGAUUUUAUGAUAGCUAGCAUUCUUAACCAGUUACUCAACCAAAGUAGAUUGACUGGACUCGAAAAGGAGAGAUGAAGCUCCAUUUGAUUUCAUUUUCCUAUCAUUUAAACUAACAGUAGGUAUUUACAUAAAUAACUAUUACAAAGAAGCUGACUUUUGAUCCAAAUAAUUGAAUUUGAUUUAUUUAAUUCGAAAAUAUUCUUUCUCAUUCCAUAUUCACCAUCAGUGAAAGGUUUCAUGGCUAUAAUUAGCUGUCUUACUGGACCAUCUGUAAAACCUUUUGCGUUAAAUUUUUUUUCAGUUAAAUUAAAUCCUUUCAUCUCACAGAGAUAACCUCUUAAAGUGUAAACCUGAGUAUCUGUGACAACUCCAAUUCUUAUAUGUCUACCUAUCUUAAAGACAGAGUCAAUAAUGCAUGACAGCUUCCCUUAUUCUCAUUUGAAAAUCAUAUCAAUGUACUGUGGUCUUAAAUCUAACUGUUAACAAUGUGAAUUCUAAUUACUUAACAUUUUUUUGUCGUUUUUGUGCUGUCAGAUAGAUAAAUCAUAGCGGGAAAUGUUUCUUGGUUAAUUUAGGUCACUUCACUACACAGGUAUUCGAUUAAAUUAGCUUCAACACUAAAAAAUGGGUAAUCAUUGCAGUCAAAAGGAACAGUCUUAUUUUCAUAGAAAUUAUCGGUCUGAAUGAACAGGAAAUGAAGAAUUAUUUUCAUUAUAAUGAAUAGUACAUCAUCACAAAUAUAAGUACUGUUUUUUUCGAAAACAAAUUCUGAUUUUUUUCCAGGUGAUUACCAUAAAACACAAGUUAUGUGGAUCCUGUUGGUUCAUGAAAUUCUCAAAAAUACCUUCGUAAAUUCCUAAUACCUUGGACGUUCUUGGUGCAUGUUCUAUUGAACAGCUUAAAAAGCAACAACAUAAAUGGAGAUAUGUAGAUGAGACAGUAUAUCACCACAACUACAGACUUCAGCACAGAAUGAGAACCAAACAAACAAGUAUUGAAACACAACUUCAUUUUUAUAAAUAUUUAUACUAAAUAGAAUUUUCGAAACACUAUAAAGAUGUCGCCUAGUCAUAAUUUUCAAGAGUAAGGAAGAUAUUUUAGCUCUCUAUGAAAUAAAAUAUUCAUCAUUACUGGUGGCGCUGACAACAAUUGUAGUAAAUCUGAAAUUAUUCUUCAUUUUUAUGCAAUACACUUGGAUUGAUAUGACGUUUGGUUUAUACUUAUCAUUUAGGUCAUAAUAUUUUAAGUUUCAAUACCUACACUUGCCUAGCGCAUUUCUAAA